AUGGAGACUGAAGCAGGCGGAGAUAAACUGAAGGAGGCCACUAUUCCCGGCCGCGGCAAGAAGAGGCCGCCGUCCCCGGCAUCUUCGCGGAGCGACGACGGGGAGGACUCGUCGAUGUCCAGCAGCGACGACGACUGCUGGGAGUUCAGCGACGAGGAGCAGGAGGAAGAAGAAGAAGAAAACGACGAGGAGGACGAUCAAGGGAUGGGCCCUUUUACAGUCGACAAUUUUCCAAGGUUUAGCAGUGACCAUUUUGAGCAGACUGAUACAAUAUACAGAUAUCCAGGGAUUCAUCUUCGAGGCCCUCCACCACUCAGCCUUUUCUGUGCAUUCAAAGAUUAUCCUGUUGGCGUCACAAAAGGCCGCCAUUGGUUUGGUAGUCUGUAUCGACUCUAUGAUGAAUCUGAAAUCAGUUUAAACAAUGCCCAGACCAUUGAUUGCUUAGAACAUUGUCACUGCAAUGCUACAGAUUUGCUGCAAUUAAUUGAUAUUAAAAUCGCUGGCUAUCGCCACACCCAGCCUGGGCAUGCCAAAAUCUUUGGUUUUUUUGCAACCCGGGAUAAGAUUGAACCUUUACGCAACUAUGUCUACAGACGUGGGAUUGACAAUUAUGAAGCAGUGUCUGUGAAGCGAAAGACGGGUAUGGCACGCUUAUCAUUGGCUAGCCCUGCUCGAGGUAUUUGCAUCUCAAGCCAUGCAUUGUUCGAAUUCGAGCUUUGUAUCCGAACUGAAGAUCCAUCUGAAGAUGAACCAAAAGGUGACGUUUUGAUCAAAGGGUGUACUGAGAUCAGCAACAUGUUUGGAACAGAAUCAUUUGUGAAAACUGGCCGUCUGUAUGGGGAGAAGUGUGCAUUGGAUGUGAAGUUUGUAGUUCUGAACAUUGCUGUUCAAGCAACAGUUGAUGUUGAGAUCCUACGUGCUCCUGCCUGUGGCUUUGAUCUGAAGUUAUACGCCAAGACCAGUGGCUUUAGUGAUGUGAUCCGUCUUUUUGAAGGUGUUACAGAAGCUGGGUGCAGAUUUAGUUCAGUUGUAGCGGUGAUGCGUCGUAGUCACCUUGAUCUUCAUAUUACUUGGUCAUUAAUAGAUAACAGUCACCUGUCCAAUGAAGAGUGGACAUGCAGAUUUAAUGCUUGUUAUCAUGGAACAGUGGAUAAAGAGGUGAAUCUUGAUGAUUUCACGACAAUUUCAGUGAAGGUCACCUGGAAAGCUGUAGAAGACACACGAAGAGUCUUGAAGGACUAG